AUGGCUCUUACAAACCUGACAGCCUCGGCCUUGGGGGCACGAUGCACCGGCCUCCAAGCCCCUGUCAUCCCGGACGCCGAGGUGCUCUGGAUAUCUUCAAACCCAGUCCACGAUUUCACUUAUCCUCCGGUCAUAGACAUCACUGGCGAGACGCCGCCGGGCCUCGACGGGGACAUUCCCAAACUGAAUUUCUGCAAUGUGUCGGUUGCCUUGACUCACCCCGGCGAGAACGACACCGAGUUCAUCUCUGUGUGGCUUCCUGCCCACCGAGGAUGGAAUCUUCGAUACACUGCAACUGGAGGUGGGGGCAUUGCAGCUGGAUACGAUUUCAACAUGGUUGCUCCCCUCGCCGCCGGAUUCGCGACUUCGUCCAGCGAGGCUGGACUGACCCUCAACCAUACUGUCGACCCUCAGACCGGCACUUGGGCAUUGAAUGAGGAUGGAUCGCCAAACGAGGCCCUGUUCGUCAAUUUUGGCUGGCGCUCUAUUCAUGAUAUGUCUGUCGUCUCUAAGGAUCUCAUCAAGCAAUUCUACGGCAUCGGUCCGCAUUACUCAUACUGGACUGGUUGUUCGCAGGGUGGGAGACAAGGAUAUGCAGCAGCAGCAAAGUAUCCCAAGGACUUUGACGGUAUUCUCGCAGCUUCACCGUCACUCGGCGAGGAGUAUGUUGGUCCCACUACCUUUUGGCCUGUUGUUGUCAUGCACAACGAAGGCGAGAUUGUGCCUUCUUGCGUCUUUGACAAAUACCAGUCUGCCAUCAUUGAAAAGUGCGAUCCACUCGACGGCGCAAAGGAUGGUCUCAUCUCCGAUUACGAUCUGCUGAGAUCCUGUCCUAAGGAGUUUGACUCUUCCAGUCUCGUUGGAACGGUUGUUUCCUGCAAACCAGUGGGCGAUAUAACCAUAACUGCCAGACACGCAACUAUUGUCAGGAAAAUCCUCGAAGGCCCGCGCAAUAGUGAUGGCACGGAGCUCUGGUUUGGUACUGCACCCGGCGCAAACUUCUCCGGCGUCGCAGGGACUGUCUACCACAACGGCAAAUGGAUACCCAGGCCCUUUCCCCCAGGUGCAGCGUGGCUUAAGAGUGUCAUCGUCCCUAAGAUGACCGACAUCACCAAGAUGAGUUACACGGAGUUCUUCGACGCCUUCGACAAGUCAGUCAAGCUCGGCGGAGCAUAUAUCGGCGACGAAUACCUCGACCUUUCUGCGUUCAAAUCAGCCGGCGGAAAACUGCUGAGCUGGGUUGGGCUUGCGGACCAAUUCAUCCCGCCUUCACAUCUCCUUCAUUUCCACGACGACGUUGCAGCGAAACUUGGUGGCCAGUCUGCCGUUGAUGAUUUCUACCGCGUCUUCACUGCCCCCGGUGUCGGGCACUGUGGAGGUGGUCAUGGGCCUCAGCCGGUACUGCCCAUGCGCGCGCUGGUGGAUUGGGUGGAGCGCGGUAAGGCGCCUGAGACCCUGGCAGGGAAGACUCUCAUCCGCAGUGCACACGAGAUGACACGGGAUCUGUGCAUGUAUCCGAAGAGGCCUGUUUACAAGCAAGGCGAUCUAUAUCGAUCGGCUAGUUUUACGUGUGAGGAGCCGAAGAUGAAACCUACAGAGCCGAAGGAGAAGCCUACAGCGGCGAGUGGGGAAUCGGAUGGAAAAGACUCUAGUGCGGGUGCCCUGCGUGCUGCGGGUUGGUGGUACAUUGUUCCUUGUGUGGCUCUGUUCGUUGUGUCGAGUCUGGUGUAG